UAAAUAAAUCCACACUUUCAUUCCCAGUGCCUACAUUUUCAUACAACAUUCACCGCAACCAAAGCACAUGCAACAAUAUUGAAGUUAAUUGUGUCUAAGGUAUAUAGUUGCUACAAUUAAUCAAGUAUGGCAAAGAGCAAAGAUGAUAUCAAGUACGCAACAUCUCAAGCGAGGCUAUCAGAAGAUGAAGCAGUGAGGGUAGCUUUCGUGCAUGAUACACCACUUGAAGGAGGCAAAAUUGCAGACUCUGAACCGGUUGACUUGUUUUCAAGUGCUCACAACGUUGCAAAGAGUAGUAGUGGCCAGCAAACUGCAGAUAAUUCUCAUAAUCAAGCUCAGUUGCAACGUGGUGAGGAUGCUGCUGUAAACACAAAUAAUGAAGGAGGUUCUACUCAUCAGGACUUUACUACUGGGGCUCCUCGCUUGCCUAAGAAAGGGGCUCCACCAACCAUGGCUCAUAAAUUUUGAACACAAAAGUAGAGACAGCCUUAUACUUUUUGCAUAGCUACCUAGCUAUGAGGUUUUUUUAAUAUAUAAUUGUGUUUACCCUCCUAUGUAGAAAAGUGAAUAA